CUUCCGUAGAGGAAGUCGCGCGGACCUGUAUCAGGGGUUUCGGUGUCCCCCCUCCCCUUCCCUGGGGUCCGGGGGUGACAUUGCACCGCGCCCCUCACGGGGUCGCGUCGCCACCCCAAGCAGACUCCUUAGCUGACGUGCUGCCCCCGUCCACCCCUCUUGGCCAGGCCUCCACCCCGCCCCCAGCUGCCCAGCCAUGGGGGCCGCAGUGUUUUUCGGAUGCACUUUCGUCGCUUUCGGCCCGGCCUUUGCGCUUUUCUUGAUCACUGUGGCUGGGGACCCUCUUCGCGUCAUCAUCCUGGUGGCGGGGGCAUUUUUCUGGCUGGUCUCCCUGCUCUUGGCCUCUGUGGUCUGGUUCAUCUUGGUCCAUGUGACUGACAGGUCAGAUGCCCGGCUCCAGUAUGGCCUCCUGAUUUUUGGUGCUGCGGUCUCUGUCCUUCUACAGGAGGUGUUCCGCUUUGCCUACUACAAGCUGCUUAAGAAGGCAGAUGAGGGGUUAGCAUCGCUGAGUGAGGACGGAAGAUCACCCAUCUCCAUCCGCCAGAUGGCCUAUGUUUCUGGUCUUUCCUUCGGUAUCAUCAGUGGUGUCUUCUCUGUUAUCAAUAUUUUGGCUGAUGCACUUGGGCCAGGUGUGGUUGGGAUCCAUGGAGACUCACCCUAUUACUUCCUGACUUCAGCCUUUCUGACAGCAGCCAUUAUCCUGCUCCAUACCUUUUGGGGAGUUGUGUUCUUUGAUGCCUGUGAGAGGAGACGGUACUGGGCUUUGGGCCUGGUAGUUGGGAGUCACCUACUGACCUCGGGACUGACAUUCCUGAAUCCCUGGUAUGAGGCCAGCCUGCUGCCCAUCUAUGCAGUCACUGUUUCCAUGGGGCUUUGGGCCUUCAUCACAGCUGGAGGGUCCCUCCGAAGUAUCCAGCGCAGCCUCUCGUGCCGACGGCAGGAGGACAGUCGGGUGAUGGUGUAUUCUGCCCUGCGCAUCCCACCCGAGGACUGAGGGAACCUGGGGGGGCCCCUAGGCCUGGGGUGCCCUCCUGAUCUCCUCGCCUUGUAUUUCUCCAUCUCCAGUUCUGGACAGUGCAGGUUGCCAAGAAAAGGGACCUAGCUUAGCUGUUGCUGUGGAGAUGAGAUUAACGGAGGCUCAAGGGUAGAUGAGCUCUAAGUUUCCCAGUACCUCCUCCCCAGACUGGGCAUCUUGGUCUUUUUCUCAGGUCUGAGGGGAACCAUUUUUGGUGUGAUAAAGACCCCAAACUGCC